AUGGAACUAAAUCCUGAAUGCAAGAAAGAAAUAUUGAAUGAAAUAAAAGGUAUAAUCUCUACGGAACUUGCGUUUUUUAGGGAUGAAUUGAAGAAGACGAACGAAAAUGUACUCGAAUUGCGUAAAUCAGUGGAGUUGUUCUCAGCUAAAAUUGAUGACUACAAGUUGAUAAUAGAUGAUUUUAAGACUGAACAAUUUGUUAUAAAAAAGGAAAAUGAAAAACUGUCCAAGAAGGUUCACGAGAUGGAAUUACAAGUCAUCGAGCUGCAGCAAUACAGCAGGAUUAACAACCUCGAAAUUCACGGAAUACCGCAAACGCCAAACGAAGAUGUUUAUGCUAUAAUCGAAGAUAUUUCAAAAACUCUCAAAUUGAAAAAUGAUGCAUUGAAGAUCGAUAUUGCUCAUAGACUCCCAACUACGAAUAAACAUGCUAUUCCACCGAUACUAAUAAAAUUCAAUAAUAGAAUUGCGAAGAACAACUUGUUUUCUCAAUAUAAAAAAAUACAGAGUGAGCUGAAAAAAUUGGAACCACCGGGACAGUUAAGAACCACAUCAAUAAAUAGAAAUCUACAAGACGGGCCAGUAUACAUAAACGAAAAUUUGUCUACUUACUACCGAGGUCUGCUGAAAGGUGCUAAACUAUUUGCGAAGGAAAACGGCUAUAAAUUUGUGUGGGUCAUGAAUGGUAAAAUAUAUGUUAGAAAGCACGAAGACUCAAGACCCAUCCGACUGGCAAACCACGCUGAUCUAGAUCGUCUCAGGUGUGAUGACCCAAUUUCUUCUCAAAUGCGCUCCAACAGUGGUGGAGAAUAA